CUGGGGCUCUCCCCACCACCCCUGUCACACCAACCUGGCUUCCUGGAGACCAAACCACAAGCAGAACAUCACGGAGGCGUGAGACACACUCACAGGCUGGGCUUGGUCGCAUGCGUGCAAGAGAGAGUAGCAGGCAAAGACACAACCAGGAGCAGCAGGGCAGAGUGGGCGAGCGGGCAGGCAGCAGCCGUGUCCACCUCUGGCCCAGGAUGGCUCCGCCCACUGGUGGGCACGCAUAGCCCUCAGGGAUGGCACCGAACAUGUGGCUUUUCUUCGUGAUGGCGGGAUGGCUGAUGGCAGCCCUCUCAGGUCCUUCGUCUCCAGCCCCGUCCAGCCAGCUCAACACCAGUAGAGCCGAGAUCAAGCCCUUGGAGCCAGGGGAGCAGCUGGGAGUGCGCCUGGUGAACGGGAGCAGCCGCUGCGGCGGGACAGUGGAGGUCCGGCUCGGGGAGGCCUGGGAGCCCGCGUGCGGGGCGCUGUGGGGCGGCCAUGCCGCCGAGGCCGUGUGCCGCGCGCUGGGCUGCGGCGGGGCGCAGGCGGGGGUCCAGGCCGUCCAGCCCACCUGGAAGCCGCCGCCCGGGUCCCCGGCGGGGAAUGCUAGCGGCCCCCCGAACGCCACCCAGGCCUCGGCGCCCGCCAUCGUGUGCCUCAGCGCUGAGUGGCAGUUCUGCGAAGUGGUGGAACACGCGUGCAGCAGAGACGGGACAGCGGCCCAGGUCACCUGUGCAGAGAAUCGUGCACUGCGGCUGGAGGACGGUGGCAGGUGCGCGGGCCGCGUGGAAAUGCUGGAGUACGGAGAGUGGGGCUCGGUGUGCGACGACACGUGGGACCUAGAGGACGCCCACGUGGUGUGCCGGCAACUGGGAUGCGGCUGGGCUAUCCAGGCCCUCCCCGGCUUGCACUUCGCCCCUGGCCAAGGGCCCAUCCACCGGGACCAGGUGAACUGCUCCGGGGCCGAGGCCUACCUGUGGGACUGCCCCGGGCUGCCGGGAGACCGCUACUGCGGCCACAAAGAGGACGCGGGUGUGGUGUGCUCAGAGCACCAGUCCUGGCGUCUGACUGGGGGCGCUGACCCCUGCGAGGGGCAGGUGGAGGUCCACUUCCGUGGGGCCUGGAACACGGUGUGUGACAGUGAGUGGUACGCGCCGGAGGCCAAAGUGCUCUGCCGGACCUUGGGCUGUGGGACCCUGGACAGAGUGCCCAAGGGCCUGCCCCACUCCCUGUCAGGCCUGAUGUACUACUCGUGCACAGGAGAGGAGUCCACCCUCUCCAGCUGCUCCUGGCGCUUCAACAACUCCAAUCUCUGCAGCCAGUCAAUGGCAGCCAGGGUCAUCUGCUCAGGUUCGCACAAUCGAUCCUCUCCUGAAGCUCCUACUAGCCUUCGGCCGGUCACUGUAGAAUCUUCUGUGACAGUGAUAACAGAGGACAAGGAAUCUCAGGAGCUGAAACUGCUUAUCCCCUGCAUCAUUCUGGGAGCCCUCCUCCUCGGCUCAUUCAUUUUCAUAGUCUUCCUCCUCUUGAAAGUUAAAGGAAAAUACGCCUUCCCUGUUACAGUGAACCACCAGCACCUCCCCACCACUACCCCAGCAGGGAUCAAUAGCUACCAAGAGGUCUCCAUCGCCAUCCCCAAAGAGGAAGUUCCCAAGCUGCCCAUCCAGGUCCGGGCCCCGCCCCCCGAGGACUCUGACUCCGGCUCCGACUCGGACUACGAGCACUAUGACUUCAGUGCCCAGCCUCCUGUGGCCCUGACCACCUUCUACAAUUCCCAGCGGCACCGGGUCACUGAUGAGGAGGUCCAGCGGAGCCGGUUCCAGAUGCCCCCCUUGGAAGAAGAUCCCCCCUCCCUGGGACCUCAGCACCACCCAGGGCACGGCAGUAGCUCCAGCACAUCUUCCGGGGAGGAUUACUGCAACAGCCCCAGCAGCAAGCUGCCUCCUCCAUGGAACCCCCAAGUCUUUUCUUCGGAGAGGAACCUCCUCUGGCAGCAGCCCCCUAACUUGGAGCUGGCUGGCUCCCAGCCAAUUCUUUCAGGGCCCGCAGCUGACGACAGCUCCAGCACCUCAUCCGGGGAGUGGUACCAGAACUUCCAGCCGCCACCCCAGCCCCCUUCGAUGGAGCAGUCUGAGUAUCCAGCAAUCCCCAGCCCCGAGCCUGACUCUACUGACGACGACGACUACGAUGACAUUGGAGCAGCCUAGACCGAGCCCAGCCAGGGCUCCCGGGGUGGCUCCUCAGGCCUCCUGAUCUACCCACUACCUCUGCCUCACACCUUUCUCCCACACCACCCCCGGAGGCUCCAUCUGGGUCAAGGGGUCUCUCCUGGACAGAAGAAAGGAAGCUCCAUGUGCUGGACCCCUCAGUCUCUAUCGAACAUGACCUCUCUGCAUCAAAGAGAGCCUGCUGGGACAGCCCUCCCCUGGCUCCAAAGAGCAGCCCCGAGAAGACCGCUGCUGCCUCCAAGAGGUAGUGAGCUGUCUGUCUAAGAGGUGAAGAAGCAGACUGUGCCCCCUGCCUGCAGGCUGCGUGGAGAGUUGGACAGGAUGGCUCCUGAGGCUCCCUCCCAACCUUGGUGUCAGGUUCUUUGAUCUGUGAGUCCCAGACAGCUCAGGGCCCAGAGGUAGAGGGGGCAGAAACAGGUCCCUGGCCCUUUGCUGCCUAAGGAAACCCAGUGUUGUCACCAGACAGGUUGACACUGACGGGCAGGGCUGACCCAGGCCCUCGAGGUUGGCUACUGCACCUGGCUUGCCUGGCAGUACCACCUUCCCUGGAUGUGCCCCGGUGAUAGCCAGCAGGGCAACUGUGUGCCUCCCCCCAGGGGGCUGGAGCCUGAGGCUGGCCCUGCCUCUAGAGACCCUUGGAGCUUACCUGGGAACAGCACUUUUCUGACUGUCCCUGGAUGGCUGAUCCUUAUUCUGAGCUUUCUGUGGUUUACAAGGAUGGCCCAGUGCCCUACAGAGCCCAGAGGUGGGGUCCCAGGCCCUGUGGGGGCCAGAGCACAGAGAUGUCGGUACUGAGCCCUGAGUUCCCAUCAUCCCCUUGGCUGGAUGGGAGGCUCCCGACGGACACCGUGAAUGUGCAGUGUCGUACCCAGAGCUGCAAACAUAUCCAGGCCCGAGGGCUUGAGGCCAAGUUCUGUUGUCCUGUUCUGAGUAUCCUGAGAUUAAAGGGAAUUGCUGAAAGAAACUGGAGUGUGGAGAGACCAGUCCUUUGCACUGUACUGUAUUCACAGGCUUGUAGUGAAGACCAUUUGGAGCAGAACACAGACCACACACUUUUCUAAUGGUGUGGUCAACAGGCGUUUAUUGCCCACAGAACAAACACGACAGGAAUGAGGAGAACAGCAAACAUCCUCAUCAGCCAGGGUUCCCCCGGGUUAGGCUCCCCUCCCAGGUGUGUUGUUUUAUGGCAUCCAUGCACGCCCCACUUUGCGGCGUAGGAGAACUCCGAAGCCUCUCUCUCCGUGGGUUAGUGUACCAACAAGACAGCCAUGUCUACGUGCCAAACAGCAUGUACAGGAAUUGAGUAGGGGAAAGGGGUAAUAAAAGGGAUAGUAAAAGUAGAAAACCCCCUGUGGGCAAUGGACACCAUUCAUUGCCCCUGUUUAGGGUGGGUAACGAUUCUCCUGAUAGCCGCUCUAGAUUUACUGGUGUCAGGAGCCUUCCCCCUUUGCCCCACUAAGACAGCUUAGCAGAGGUCUGGCUUUCUUCAGAGGGCAAUCAGUUCCCCUAAGGCACAUGCUUUACUUUGUAUCCAUUAGUAGCUACUAAGUCCAUUAGUAGCUAGGGAGAGGGUGAGAGAGAUUAUAGCAGGUUUAGCUCUCAAAACCAAACCUGUUGCAGUCCAGUCCAUUCCGACUCAUAGUUACCCUCAGGAUCCUUGAAAUCUCACGGAACCCAGGCUGCAUGUGUGUGCGUGUGUGCAUGUGUGUGUGUCUGUCUGUCUGUGGCACUACUGGAUUCUCUCAGCCGCAGAUCAGACAAGGAUUUGAGAGAAAGUUGUUUAUUUGGGAGGUGACCCCAAGGAGCAUCAGUGAGGAAGGGAGGAAGAAAGAUGGAAGGGAGGAAGAAUGUGUACAGGUAGCUAAUGAACAGGUUACUAUUGUGGGCAGCUGGGGUCAACCCUGCUGGGGACCUGGGAGAGUGUCCAGAACACACCUCAGGUUGUCCUGCACAACCCCUGCCUGCCAUUGGCUGAGGGACAGUAACCACCACCCCAGCACUUUCAAACUGUGUGUGUGCUGAGCACGUUCCUGGGUCCAGAGAAAGUUAUGGGCAGAAGGUCAGAGGCAAGCCCUGUAGAAAGUCAUCUUCCAUAGGAACAGUCAGGGAGGAGCACCAACACAACAGGGGCGUGUGUGUGUGUGGGUUUGGGUGUGUGUGUGUGUGUUUGUGUGCUGGGUGGAAGCAAUGGCAGGGCAGCCCUAUCCAUGGAGGUAGGAAGGUUAGGGAGAACUCCAAAGCCUGCUGUAGCUACCUCCAGAGGUAGUGAGCUCCUCAGCCCAGGAGGAGUUCGAGGUGAGGCUGUGGAUGGGAGUCCUGCAGAGGAAUGUGGGCACGUCCUCCAGCCUCUGUCCACUCAGAGGUGGUGACUGUAGACCAGCUGCCAUGGUCAAUGCCCGCUGUGCCUAUAGGUUGAAGGUGGGCGUCAGGGCUGGGGAGGCUGAGCUGUGGAUGCCUGCCCUGUGGGGCUGGGCAGGGCCUGUUUUCCCUUCACCUGUCCCAGAGGUGGAGAGAAAGCAGGCACUCCCCAGGGUAACCGUCACAGGAUGUGGUUGUCACUGUGAUAGCCCCCCUCGUCGGCCCUCUGAACCUUCCCCAUGAAUGCCUGGGGGAUUCCGAGGGGAGGGGCCCCUGCUGAGGUGGGUAGGGACAGACUUCCAGAGUUUGUGAAAGGUUUUUUUAUCAGACAGCCUGGGUUCAAAUCUCAGCUCCGCCCUGUCCUGACUGUGUGGCCUUGGGCAAGCCACUUAACAUCUCUGAGUUUCUGUUUGCCCAUCUGAGUGCAUAUGCCAGCAGUAAGCACCUCCCAGGGAGCCCUGGUGGUGCAGUGGUUAAACACUUGGCUGCUAACCAAAAGAUUGACAGUUUGAACCCGCCAGCCCCUCUGAGGGAGAAAGAUGCAGCAGUCUGCUUCCAUAAGGAU